AUGUCGGCAGCAGGUCUCUUCCUCUGCCUCGUCUCCGCUCUCGCCUUGCCCACCUUCUCUUCCUCCUCGCAGUCGCUGGCCAGCGCCACCAGCGACCAACGGGACGCCGACAGGGUGGUGCGCCUCCCCGGGCAGCCGGAGAGCCCGAGCGUGUCGCAGUUCUCCGGCUACGUCACGGUGAACGAGCGCAACGGGAGGGCGCUCUUCUACUGGUUCUUCGAGGCGCAGACCACGCCGGAGGAGAAGCCGCUCCUCCUCUGGCUCAAUGGAGGACCUGGUUGCUCCUCAAUUGGCUAUGGAGCUGCAUCUGAGCUAGGGCCUCUCAGAGUUGUCAGACGAGGAGCAGCGCUGGAGUUCAACGAAUAUGCCUGGAACAAAGAGGCUAACCUGCUGUUCUUGGAGUCUCCUGUUGGAGUUGGCUUCUCCUACACCAACACGUCCUCUGACCUUGACAAACUCAAUGAUGACUUUGUAGCGGAAGAUGAUUAUAGCUUCCUAGUGAAUUGGCUAGAGCAAUUUCCGGAGUACAAGGACAGAGAGUUCUACAUCUCAGGAGAGAGCUAUGCAGAAAUCUCAACUUCCUAUGCUGCUGGUCACUAUGUGCCACAAUUGGCUGAACUUGUUUAUGAUAGGAACACGGACAAGAAGGGCAAAGCAUAUAUCAACCUCAAGGGGUUCAUUGAUUGCGACUUCAAGAACUUUAAUUGGUCUGAUGACUGCAAUGCUGUCAUGGAUAUCGUCUAUAGUCAGUACGACGAGAUUGACAUAUACAACAUCUAUGAACCCAAGUGCCUUCUAAACCAGAGUUCAGCAUCUUCUGAAAAUCAUGCAUUCUCCAUGAAUGGUCAGGAGAAGUUCAGUAGGAGGAUACUGGUGUUCUCUGGCUACGAUCCGUGCUACUCAUCCUAUGCUGAGGACUACUUCAACAAGAAGGAAGUGCAGAAGGCGUUUCAUGCUAAUGUCGUCAGUGGAUCGCUUCCAGUGAAAUGGCAUGUCUGCAGCAAUCCCAUCCUGAACUCCUACAAUUUCACGGUAUCCUCGGUCCUACCCAUAUACUCUAAGCUCAUCAAAGCAGGACUGAGAGUUUGGCUCUACAGCGGUGAUGCAGAUGGUAAGGUCCCGGUGAUCGGCUCCAGAUACUGCGUCGAAGGGCUCGGGCUGCCAAUCAAGACCCAAUGGCAACCCUGGUACCUUGACAAACAGGUUGCUGGCAGGUUUGUGGAGUACUAUGGGAUGAGCAUGGUGACGGUCAGGGGUGCAGGCCACAUGGUGCCCCUAAACAAGCCUGCUGAAGCAUUGCUGCUGAUCAACACAUUCCUCCGAGGCGAGCAACUUCCAACACACCGUUGA